AAAAUUCUGAAUCUUACAGUAGGAAUAGAAAGUGAAAGCAAAAAUAAAUUCCCCUCCAUUCAAAUCUGCAACAGCGUGGAUUAAGGUUAAAUCCAUUUUUUGAAACAUAUUGUUCUGAUCCUGUGUAACAUAACUGGAGCCAACACAGUGUUUUGGAGAACUCUGAGAUUUAUCCUGAAUGUUAGCUUGUCUUCUAGAGAACAGAUUUACUGUUCCAUUCUUCUGCAAUGGUUAAUUCAUGCAGAAAACUAAACUGUAGUAUUUAUAUAGGAUUUUACUGCUCAGCAAUCAUCCUGCCCCUAAUAUGUAUUUGUUCUCAGUUCUCACAGCCAACGAUUGAUCAGUUCACAAAGGACCCUGGGGCUUUCCCAGUGGCCACCAAUGGGGAACUGUUCCCCUGGCGUGAGCUAAGGCUCCCCACAGUGGUCAUUCCCCUCCACUAUGAUCUUUUCAUUCACCCAAAUCUCACCUCCCUGGACUUUGUUGCAUCUGAGAAGAUCGAAGUCUUAGUCCGAGAUGCCACCCAAUUCAUCAUCUUACACAGCAACGGUCUUGAAAUCAUGAAUGCCACCCUUCAGUCGGAAGAAGAUUUGAGAUACAGGAAACCAGGAAAAAAGCUAACUGUUUUGAGUUAUCCUACUCACCAACAAAUUGCACUGCUGGUUCCAGAGAAACUUAGGGCUGACCUGAGAUACUCUGUGGCUAUUGACUUCCAGGCCAAGCUAGCUGAUGGCUUUGAAGGGUUUUAUAAAAGCACUUACAGAACUCUUGGUGGUGAAACAAGAACAAUUGCAGUAACGGAUUUUGAGCCAACCGAGGCACGAAUGGCUUUCCCUUGCUUUGAUGAACCAUUGUUCAAAGCCAACUUUUCAAUCAAGAUAAGAAGAGAGAGCAGACACAUUGCCCUAUCCAACAUGCCAAAGAUCAAGACAGUUGAAGUUGACGGAGGCCUCCUGGAAGAUCAUUUUGGAACUACUGUAAAAAUGAGUACGUACCUUGUAGCCUACAUAGUCUGUGAUUUCAACUCCGUGAGUGGCACAGCCUCAUCAGGGGUCAAGGUGUCUGUCUAUGCAUCCCCAGACAAAUGGAGUCAAACGCAUUAUGCUUUGGAAGCAUCACUGAAGCUGCUUGAUUUUUAUGAAAAGUACUUUGACAUCCAAUAUCCACUCCCCAAACUGGAUUUAGUUGCCAUUCCUGACUUUGCAUCUGGAGCCAUGGAAAACUGGGGCCUCAUCACAUAUAGAGAGACGUCACUUCUCUUUGAUCCCAAGACCUCCUCCACUUCUGAUAAACUGUGGAUCACUGAAGUCAUAGCCCACGAACUAGCACACCAGUGGUUUGGCAACCUGGUUACAAUGGAAUGGUGGAAUGAUAUUUGGCUCAAUGAGGGUUUUGCAACCUACAUGGAACUUAUCUCUGUUAACGCUACUUAUCCAGAGCUACAAUUUGAUGAUGACUUCAUGAAUACGUGUUUUGAAGUAAUUAAAAAAGAUUCAUUAAAUUCAUCCCAUCCUAUCUCCAAUCAAGCAGAAACUCCUACUCAAAUACAGGAAAUGUUUGAUGCCGUUUCCUAUAAGAAGGGAGCUUGUAUUUUGAAUAUGCUCAAGGAUUUUCUGAGUGAGGGGAAAUUCAAGACAGGAAUUAUUCACUACUUAAAGAAGUUCAGCUAUAGAAAUGCUAAGAACGAUGAUCUGUGGAACAGUCUGUCAAAUAGUUGUUUAGAAAGUGAUUUUACGUCUGGUGGAUUUUGUUAUUCCGAUUCCAAGACAACAAGCAACACACUCUCCUUCCUGGGGGAAAAUGUGGAGAUCAAGGAGAUGAUGACUACGUGGACUCUGCAGAAAGGAAUCCCCCUCGUGGUGGUUAAACAAGAAGGGGGCUCACUCAGACUGCGGCAGGAACGCUUCCUGAAUGGGGUUUUCAGAGAGGACCCUGAAUGGGGGCCCCUGCAGGAAAGGUACCUUUGGCAUAUCCCAUUGACCUACGCUACAAGUUCCUCUAAUGAGAUUCAUAAACACUUUCUAAAGUCAAAGACAGACACUCUGGACUUACCUGAGACGACCAGUUGGGUGAAAUUCAAUGUGGACUCUAAUGGCUACUACAUCGUUCACUACGAGGGGCAUGGAUGGGACCAACUCAUUACGCUGCUGAAUCAGAACCACACACUUCUCAGACCUAAGGACAGGAUAGGUCUGAUUCAUGAUGCGUUUCAGCUAGUAAGCGCAGGAAGGUUGACCCUGGACAAAGCCCUUGACCUGACUCGCUAUCUCCAACGUGAAACAAGCAUCCCUGCCCUUCUCAAAGGUCUGGAAUACCUAGAAUUGUUUUACCACACCACAGACAGAAGGAAUAUUUCAGACAUCACUGAAAACCUCAAGCAUUACAUUCUCCAGUAUUUUAAGCCAGUGAUUGACAUGCAAAGCUGGAGCGACGAGGGCUCAGUCUGGGACAGAACGCUGCGUUCGGUUCUCUUGAAGCUGGCCUGUUACCUGAACCAUACUCCUUGCAUCCAGAAGGCAACUGAACUCUUCUCUCAGUGGGUGGAAUCCAGUGGAAAAUUAAAUAUCCCCACAGAUGUUUUAAAGAUUGUGUAUUCCGUGGGCGCUCAAACAACAGCAGGAUGGAAUUACCUUUUAGAGCAAUAUGGACUGUCAUUGUCAGCUGCUGAAAAAAACAAAAUUCUGUAUGCAUUGUCGACCAGCAAACAUCAGGAAAAGUUAAUGAAAUUAAUUGAACUAGGAAUGGAAGGCAAGGUUAUCAAGACACAGGAUUUGGCAGCUCUUCUUCAUGCAAUUGCCAGAAAUCCAAAGGGGCAGCAAUUAGCCUGGAAUUUUGUAAAAGAAAAUUGGACCCAUCUCCUAAAAAAAUUUGACUUGGGCUCAUUUGCCCUAAGAAUGAUCAUCUCUGGCACAACAUCUCACUUUUCUUCCAAGGAUGAGUUGCAAGAGGUGAAACUGUUCUUUGAAUCUCUUAAGGACCAAGGAGUACAUCUGGAAAUUUUUCAAAUUGUUCUGGAAACCAUAUCCAAAAAUAUUAGGUGGCUGGAAAAGAAUCUUUCCACCCUGAGAAACUGGCUACUGAUUAGUAUUUAGGUGAUAAUUGAAUCAGCACAUCAGAUGCAGGCUGUGUCUGCAUGAAGUGGGCAAAGCUCAAGUCAGAGUUCUAGAGAGUUUAACCAGAAACAAACCUCAAGAAAUCAGCCAGCACAGCUAACUGUGCUCAGCUAUCGUCUGUAGCUGACAGAUGUAUGAUGCUGGUGUAGGGGAAGGCCAGUUCAGUGGCCUAUUUUAAAGUAAAAUUGAUAGAUAGAUAGAUAGAUAGAUAGAUAGAUAGAUAGAUAGAUAGAUAGAUAGAUAGGCAGGCAGGCAGAUAAAUGAUAGAUAAAGAGGCGGACAUAGAUAGAUAGAUAUAGCUGUAAUAGUUUAGCCACAACACAGACUGUCCACAUUGCCUCAUAUUAUGCAGCUACUAUUUUGCUUCUUUGAUACUUUUUAAACCUUCCUUAGCAUCCUGCAGUUUGCCCAACCAGGUUUCCUCCAAGGAAACACAGCCAAUCCAUUAAAACAAUGUUUCUUUUGCAUCCUUCCAUCUCCUUAUUCUCCCACUCCCUCAGCUCAGCCUGAACAGUUUAUUUAAUUUUUACCAUUCAUGGAAAAUCUGAAUCAGAUUAUGAAGCAUAAGGAUCAGGAAAAUAGAGACUUUAUCGCCAAAUCUCAGAUUAUUAGAAACUAAAUGCCAGGAUUUAUCAAGGAAGCCAGGAAGGCCUCUUGGCUUGAGUCUCACAUUCAUGAAGAGCCUCUAAAAUAGCCUUUUGAGAUCAUCUCCAAGUGAGGUAAAAUAUGUAGCCACAGAGGUACAGAGAAAGAUGAUACUGUACCACUUUAAUCCCUACAUUAUGGCAUUUUUAAUAAAUCUUUGACAGCUGCUGAAUUAGAUUGUACUAUUGCAUAUAUUUGGGAUUAAAUCAUGGAUUAAUGUAAAUGUUUAAAUGUAUCAUUAUAUUUGUAACUCACUUUUGGCAUUUCUUUAUAUUUUGAGGGAACUUCUUGAUCUGUCAAUUGCUUUUCUGAUGCUUCUCAUAAUUGUUUGAAUAAGAUAUUGAAACAAAUAAAGAAAACACCACUCUAAAUACA